ACCUGCUGCACAGGCACAAACACACACUGUCUGACUGACAGAUAAAGCCAUGAUUCUGACGGGUCGUGGUCUGUGUCUUCCUUCUCAAGCCACUGUCCAUGAGCUGUUCUCUGUGGCUCGAGAUGCCAGCAUCAUCCCAGAUAUCUCCUUGGAUCCUGUCCUCAUCACCUUCCUCUCGCUGGACUCCUCAGCAGCGCUGCAGCAUCAAUAUGCCUUCUUACAGCGGAGCAUGAGCAGCAAGCAGCAGACUGCUUUCAGCCAGAGUCUGACUGAGGAGCUGGGAGGCCGCAGCAGGGUCACGUAUGGAGGAGUAGGGGUCGUUGCUCUGGCUCUGUCUGUCCUUUUUGACCAGGUUGCCCAACAAGUCCGAACAAAUGGAUCAACAGAGGGAAACACAUCAGGGCAGACCUCUCAGCCUAAAAAGGUUUUUGGCAUCAGCAGUUCUUCACGAAUUGGCUGGAUUAUCCACAGCUACCUCCACCUAAUCCCCGGCAUUGCCAACAACCCAGAGAAGAUGGCAGAGACCACCGAGCUCUAUGACAACUGGCUGAAACUCGAGAUAAUUGACCAUUAUGAGAGGAUGACCACGAAGAAGAGGAUGAGCUCUGUGUCCAUGCAGCAGUGGUUAGUGGGAGCUGCUGUUCAUCUACACAUCAGAAUCCACCAGGUCCGUCUGCACUCUGUGCCAUUAGGAUCAGCUGAAUCACUGCGUCUGUCUUAUAAGUCAGGGGUGAGUCGGCUGGUUCAGGGUUACACAGCCUACCUACACCAAAACAUCCAGGAGACUCCUAGACCACGGAAACCCAGACUGAGGAGAAGACAGAGUAACACCUUUAGCAUCACAAACAUGACCUGCUCCAGUAAUCGACUCUCUAAUGUCGGCCGGGUCAGGCCAAGUAUCUCCACUGAUAAUGAGACCACACCCAACUCAACCGCUGAUAUUAGCAGACGCUGCAAUAGAGAAGCAGCAAGAGAAGACUUUGGACCCAGUGUGAUAAACAAAGGCAAUGGUACGAUUGUAAGGGAGAUAAACGGGAAGGAGCUCAACACUUCUGCUGAAAAUAGCAGAGGUGAGGAAAUCAACCAGCAGGGUCUGUUAGUGAUCGAGCCUCUUAGGAAUGUGAGUCACAACGUGCAGCACCAUCCCUGUGAGUCUCCCAUCAUACAACAAGCUUUAGUGAUGCGCAUUAUGAACGCCCAGGACCUGGAGCGGAACAGAAACUUCUUUCUCUAUCCUGAGAGAGACUUCCACAGCAUGCUCAAGCAGAAGGAGGACUUUGAGCUCAGGACAAAUUAAAUAAAAAUCACUUCAAUGGGAUUUCAUUUUCCCCCACUUUGUUUAUAAAGUAUUUCAAUGUAAUUUAACGUCGUAGUGUCAUUUUGACAGAGUAUUAGCACAGACUGAACAAAAUAUACAUGUUUUCCAAUACAGAGUAAAAGUGUUUCUAACUUCAACAUCAUUCUUUCCAGCAGGGGGCAACUCCUCUAGUUGCAAAAAGAAGUCACACUGUAUACACUAUCAGUCAAAAGUUUGGACACACCUUCUCAUUCAAGGGUUUUUAUUCAUUGUAAUUAUUUUCAACAUUGU